AUGAAAUGGAAGUCUUGGAAGGUCAUGCCUGACGAGACGAGGAUGGAGGUGUGCGGACAGUUGUCGACCAACUACAAUUUAGAAGACCUCGACGACGGGUCGUUGACGUACGUCAACCGACUCUUCGCUGAGAGGUACAAGCAGUGGAAGAGCGACUUGCACCACCAUUUUCAGACAUUUGAUGAUUCGCAGGUCGCUCUGCAUGAGGGUUGCCCGCAGGAGCUUGAGGGGCGGGAAGAUAGUUGGGCAUGGCUUUGCGGUCAUUUUCAAGAGGCUGAUUAUUUGAAGAAGGCCCAAGCAAAUAAGUGCAAUAGGGACAAGAAGACUCUUCUCCACCAUUCAGGUUCCAGGCCAUUUUCAUAUAGGAUGGACUCACGACGGCGGGAGGGGUCUAAAUUCCUGGAUAUCGACGUCUUUGGCGACGUUUAUGUUCAACCUGGGAAUGAGUUGGCUGAGUCCCUUCAUAUGACGAUGGUGGAGAAGAGCCAGUUGGUUCUUCAGGAGUCCGCCUCCCAACUUCCUCCUGAUACUCUGCUCGAGUCUGUGGAUCCUCCACAUGAUGCAAGGUUUCAGAUCCUAACCGAGACCUUGGAUCAAACUCUCGAGAGGAGGCCAGGGACAUAUUGUCGAGGGAUGGGGAAUGCCCGCCGGCGGGAACCUAGAGCCCGUUCCUCGUCGCAGUCAAACAAUCAGGUGACUACUUUGACGGCAGAGGUGGUUGAGCUUAGGACCCAGAUGUCACAAAUGUCACAGAUUCUACAGUCCAUCGUCCAGUCCGGUGUUCCUAUACCGCAUGUUGGUCCCUCGUUGACCUCUGAGCCCCUCCAACCCGAGCUUCGCCACCACACUCCUGCCCCUGCCGAUACUGUCCAGACCUCCGAGCCGCAUUUGCAGGACGACCAUGUAGAUUUUCAAACUCUUUUUGAUUAG